CGCAAUGCCCAGGCGGGUGCAAGCUCUUCUUCACCAGCUGUCGGUUCGGAUCAUCUCCACUCAGGCGGGCGACCAUGGCUUGCAUACAGUGUUUUACUUGGCAUGCUGACCCUGGCAGGGGCUGGAUUUGUUCAUUUAUACGAGGCUUAUAUAUUACCCUACUUACAGCGCCGUGAGCAAGAAGAGACGCGACUGCAGGGACUGGAAGCAGCUCUUGGCAGUACGCAGUCAAGACUAAAUGAUACUGUUGACGGAUUGCAGACGAGUGUAUCUGCCAUACAGGAAAGUGUAAGGAGAAUUGAGCAAGACGUGACCACGAUAAAGUGUUCAUCUAGUCAGACAUCCAGUCGGGAGGAUGCAAUGGCCGGUGUGAAAUCGGAGAUUCAAACGGUGAAAAGCCUCUUACUUUCCAGGAAUCAGUUUGCAUCUGCGCCAGUGCAGCGUCCCAGCAUUCCCGCGUGGCAGCGGACUAACGGCACAAGCAGCAGUGCAGCAGCCGCGUCACCGACAAAUGGCGCGAAUGGUGACAGUGCGAAUGGCUCGUCGAGUGAGAGCGCUUCUCCCAAUGACGGUGAGGACAGCAAUGGCACGCCACCCAAUAAGUCACCGCUGUCCAGCCGUUCUCAAGAUCCAGGUGGCAAUGAGGACACCGUGUCACCGCAAUGCAUGCCCAAGUCCUUAUCACCUGCUGUACGUACAGCUCAGCCUCAAGAUGGUGGUCAGCAACCGAAUGGGGAGUCAAGUUGAAGCACGAUGAUCACGAUAUACAUACUUGAUAAUGAACCAGCAGUUCGGGUCCUUGAAUGCUGGAAUCAGAUACUGCCCUCUCCCGUACAGCAAGGCGUGUUUGUGAACAUGACGGAGAGAGUGAGCUGGCUGUUUGCAGGGUUCAUGCGCUUAGCUUCAUGCCAGAUGAUCAGCUAUACUCUAUGGAAUGAUGAGAUAUGCUUGGACACUGGCUUGUGACCUGCUACUUCUCUGCCACUCGUACUGAAGGUAUUCAAGAUCGCCAGUAAGUGUGCCACUGCUCAAGGUGCCUAUUGAUGAGAAUCAGGUAUAUCCUAAACGACUAGUGGGUGCUGCCACAGUCGAUUCUCUUUUUGUUUUGUAUUCUUCCAAACUCACUCAAACUGGUUGCCUUGAUCUCGUCCGCUAUUCCAGUUUCCUCCCGUUUGUGAUAUUCUUUAGUUUCUGACAAACGCCGAGCCUACUGCGCAUAGCGGAAUUGGGAACACUACAUGACCGCAGCAAAUUCAUCGUUGUGUUGCUUGCAUAUAUCAAUGAACCAGAAGCUACAUUUACACGCAGAGCUCAUAAUCCCAUUGCCUAAUUUUUAACUCAUUAUGACAGUCAUCUUGACUUUAAUGUUAUAUCUAGCAUGCUGGCAUGCUUCAUCAAUGACUACACGUGUAAGUAUGCACCCUGCACAAUGUAACGUUAUUUCUCGCAGCGUCGUGACUGGGUACGAUGAAAUAUUUUUUUAAUGUCUUCGAAGUGAACUUUGCUCUCAUCUCUUUACAAAAGCAAGAACUGUUGCUGUGCCGGUGUUCGAAGCAAGGUCAUAGUUGUACUCGCCCAAGCGGGAUUAAAAAUAAAGGAAAGGACGGUGGUGUAA